UCCAAUACGUAUAAUAAUAAGAUUGCUAUUAUUUCCCCAUUCAAUUCCGUCAGAUGUGCAAUGAGAGUCCUCCUUGAAUAUGUAGUUCAGUGCUGUGUAUUGUAUGUUGGCGGCCCUACAUACUAGGCUUCAAACGGGAUACUGUCAUGGCAGAUAACAGCGAAUUAUUAUUUUUUGACACAUUUUCUCAUGAAAGUUCUGAGGAAAUCAAUUUAGAUCUGGUGCAGUUCCCAAAACCUGUGUUCAUCAGUGAAGUAAGGAUUAUACCACUCGGAGCACGUGUACAAGCAGAUUUCCCAGGUGGUGUAAGAUUGGGUGCAACAAACCCCUCGCAGUUUGAAAUAGAGUUCUUCGUGAAUGAUCUGAGUAAACCGGGAGCUUCAACAUUUGAGAGCCUUGGUGACUUAGAAUACAAGCAGAAUGUAAACAUUCAGUUAGAAUGUGACAGAAGGAUUCCAACAGAUGGUCUGGUGUUACGAGGCUGGUACACAACCAUCACAUUGGCCGUAUAUGGAGUUCUCACAAAGUCAGUACAGGAACCGGUGGUUCCUCCAGCCCCUACUGUUAUGGGCCCAUUGCCUGUUCCCCCGUCAGUUCCCUGUCCCGAUCCUAGAGUUCCUUCAGAAACUAUAACUGCCAGCAGUGCAACAGCAGAGUGGGUUCAACAGCAUGCCCAGGUGUCAGACAUUGCACCACCUGUCGACAGAGGGUACAUGGUGGAGACAAGUAUUCCUCCACCAGAUCCGUACACCAACAGUUAUUCAACUGAGCAGUACCAUCCAGCACCAGACUAUCCCCCACACCCGUAUAGAGAAGAGUGGCCACAGCAGCCUCGUGCACCUCUUCAUCAGCCAGAACAGUACGAACCUCCCAAAGACCCCAGACCACUACCACCAUACGAUGGGGAGCCAUUACCGUGGGAUAGUGGUGGUGUAGAUGAAAAGUUACCUUGGGAGAGGGACCGGGGGAAGGAAAGAGAGAGAGAUCGCGAUCGUGACAGGGACAGAGAACGAGAAAGGGAUAGAGAGAGAGACAGGGAUAGAGAUAGAGACCGGGACAGAGAUAGAGACCGGGAUAGAGAAAGAGAACGGGAGCGUGAAAGGGACCGUGAUCGUGAAAGAGAGAGAGAGCGUGAAAGAGAGAGGGAUCGAGACAGGGACAGGCAUCGGGAUAGAGAUAGGGACAGGGACAGGGACAGAGAUAGGGAUAGAGACAGGAGUAGAGACAGGAGUAGGGACAGAAGUAGAGACAGGGAUAGAGACAGGGACAGGGACAGGGACAGGGAUAGAGACAGGGACAGAGAUAGGGAUAGGGACAGGGACAGAGACAGGGACUUCAGGGAUCGGGAACCCGAUUGGGACGAUAGAAACCGAAUAAGGGACGACAGGGAACGCAGUACGAGUAGUGCUCGGGAGUACAGAGAGGUUUCAAGAGAACGAGAUCGAGACAGGGACAGGGACAGGGAUAGGGACCGCGACAGGGACCGCGACAGGGACCGGGAUCGUGACUGGGCAGGAGCAGCACCCGGCUGGGGUCGCCGUGAACGCCCAGCUCUCACGACAGAGCAAGCACCUGCACCGUGGGUUAGUGGUUCGAAUGUUGUCACCGAGCCACAGCCAGAACUGCAUCACCCGUACUUGACACCAGUUCCACCCCAUCAUCCCCAUACAGAGCCCAGACAGCAAAGGCGGCUGCCGCAGCAGCCGUGGGACGCUUCCCCGGCGGUCGUACAGCCCGAACCCUUACCCGUGCCUGCCGCUGUGCCGGACACUAGGAAGAGGCCACGUUCGCCCCCUCCACAGGCCCCCGCCAUUGCUGCUGUCGCCUUACGUUCUCCCAAGAGGCCGCGUAGUCCCCCUGCACCACUGCAGCCACUUCAGCAAGUGCAACUGCAACUGCAGCCACAGCCGUUGCCACAGCAACCACAGUUGCAGCUCCAGCAGCAACCACAACCGAUACCAACUCAGCCUCAACCUCAGCCUCCGCCACAGCAGCCACCGCCACAGCAGCCGCCGCCGACACAGCAGCAGCAGCAGCAGCAGCAGCAGCUGCAGCUGCAGCAACAACAGUUGCCGAGUGCUGACGAUAGGACUCCGCCAUCUGUGACACAGCAAAGGUGGCUGCCCCUAUCACCCAGCAGAAAUGAGGUCAUCAGCGAAGUGAAGAAAGGUACUUUCUUUGUUGUUGACUUGAUCGUCAGUGUUCUUAACGCAGACAGAUGCAUCAUGUUGUUGCUCCAUCUCAAGUUGCGGAAGCUGCAGCAAAAAUUCUGGCUCCUCAGCUGCUCGCAGCUGCUUGGAAUAAUAUUCAGACUCAGAAACAGAGACACAAGCCAUGAUAUUAAUUUACCAAAACAAGGAGUUACAGCAAAUGAUAAAACUGUUGAAACAUAUGUGGGGAGAAAUGUGAAAAAUGAUAACGUACUGGUGCCUGAGAGAGUGUCGUAUCAUUUUAUUCCAGUCUUGCAACUACAUUACUAUGAAAUGCAGUCUUGUUUUCAUAUCUCUCUUGAUGUUUUGGUUAUUGUUGUUUACCGUGUUAAAAUUCCAGUAAUAAAUAGUGUUGUGCAUAUUGUGUGUGGGUUGUUAAAUAGAAGGCCAAUAGGUUACACUGGUCCUAUUACAGAAGUGAGUUCACCGACCCUGUCUUCUGGAGCUCAGCAGAAGUUUGACUCUCUUUCUCCUGGCGAUGUGGAGUCCAUAUCGGAAGGGGAGAUACCGGAAACAGAAGCAGAUAUGGAAGCUGAGUCAUCUGCAGUUACUGUCAAGGUGGAACCGUCGGAGAACGAGAACGGAACUGGACCUGUCGUGGAACUCGGCAGCUCGGCCGUGCCCGGCGAAGCGUCUUGUGAUGUUUUACCAGAAGUGGAUGCCUCAGUGAAACAGGGCUCGGAGACACCUCCAUCAGCAGUAACAUCCGUGGUGAACUUGAAAGUUCGACCUGUAACUCCACCUAUGCAGAACCCUGUUCCAGUUCUCAUACCUGUGAUUCCAGCUCCUGCAGCUGCUUCACCUGUGAAGCUUACGGUGGUUCCUGCAACGGGCAGCCCAACAUCUCAUCCUACUCCUCCUCCAGUUACCGUUACUCCUCCUUCUGCCGCCGCUAUCCCUACAGGUGCUGAUAGUGGUUCCGCCACUGCCUCAACUGCCAUGGUUAACCCCAUCAGUGUAAUUGCUCCAGCUUCCAGCCUGCCUGCUGCUGCAUCUGGUGGAAGAACAGAAACACCCACAGGUUCACCUUUUCCUGCUGAUGAACCCCAUGUUGAUGUGGAACCAUUUGAGCCCAUUCUUAGUGACGAAGAGAUUGUCGAUGAAACGGAUCCACAGUUUCCAGAUAUGGAAUAUGAAUUCAAUGAUUACUGUGAUGAUGGCUCUAAAACUUUCAACCCGUUUGCAUGUGAACUUCAACCGUUAACGUAUCUCACAGAUCCAAGCCUGUCACCUUGUGAGGUGGAAUAUCACCGACGAGGCACUAGUAAGGACUCGGCAGGUCUUGGCAGUAAGCUGAGAGAUCUGGUACUUAUUCAGGGUAAGGCAUGUGCAUCUAAACUGGAAGCAGCGCCGGGGGAGGAGUGGGUACAUCUGGCGGAGCAAGUGGCACCUAUUCUUACAGCAGCACUUCCUCAUCUGCUGCCAGGAGCCAUUCAAGAUGUCAUUAAUGUACUUCUCAGCUGGGUACGUGUUGGACUGGAUUUCAAUCUUGCACUAAGCCAACCACAACCGGGAUACAAAGUGCGUCAUAUAAAGGCAGCUGUAAGACUUGUCGAAGCAAUGUGUCAUUGUGGGGAUACUGUUGUCACACGGCUUGUAAAUGAAGAAAACAUACAGUCCCGGCUCCUAGAUUUAUAUCACAAGGACCACAUGGCACUUUCCAUCAAAUUAAUGAUCCUCCGUGCGUUAGAUGCAAGUCUGUGUUGUCAACAGUCUGUUGAAUGCUUCCUAGGAGGAGGAGUGAAGAAAUUCAAUUACAAAGAAUUUCAAAAUAAUUUUAAGUUUAAAGAAGAGGAUGGAAAGAACUGUUACAAAAAUAGCUAUCGGACUCUCAUUAGAAUGUUGCAGGGAAACAGGUUAGCGAGAGUGAAAUUUGCAAUUAGUAGUCUUGUUAGAAAAUUGCAUGUAUAUGAAAUACUGGAAAAACUUCAUGACAGUGUAAGGCUGAUUUUGGAGACAAGUCGUACAAACAGUGCAAAUGUGAGUCACAAUAAUGAAACAAGUGAUGUGAAAUCCAAAGAUGAAGCAACUGUUGCAAACGGUUGUAGUCCAGCAGAAGUUUCUGUGACUGAAGUGUCAGAACAGGAGUUGGACAUUGUUGUCAGCUGCUUGGAAGAGAUACUUCACAUCUAUCGUGAUGCUCCUCUUACUAUUUCUCAGCCAAAACGUUUUAUGCCAGUAUGUUCACAAUUUGAGAUAUCAGCUUGCCCUUAUGAUCCAUAUCCGGCACUUUAUGCUUUUUUCCGCUGUCAUCGCUUUCUGGAGACACUGCUUGUGCUGUUGUCAUGUCCAGUAACAGCAGGUUACUCACCUAUCAAUGGUUGUGUGCAAGAGAUACUGGCAGCAUUGCUGGAAACUCUUGAAGGCAUGCAAUUUCUAUCUGCUAAUCCAGAAGUAACAGUGGCAUUACUCAGAAUACUUUUAGUGCAGCCAUCUGCUAUCUCUCCAGGUGCACCUGAAGACAGUUUAGAUGAAACUACUACAUUAGCAGCCCCUGCACAGCAGUUAGGGCUAUUCAUGGCAUACUGUUUGCAAGUUUUGCAGUAUAUUGAUUCUUUGUUUGAUGCAGCUGCUAGUUGUAAUGGUCAACCAGACCCAGAUCAGACUGACAUCUUGGAAAAUCUCCACGGACUCUUCAGUUUGACAUUUUCUGCAUGCGGAAGACAUUCAGUAGUACACGUACUGUCCAGAGGAAAUGCCAUAACACCUUUAUUACAGUUUUUUGCCCAGAGUUUUGACCAGGUUCAGAAUCAACCUAUGCUGGGGCAACAGAUGUAUCCAAUAAGCAAUGCAAAACUGAAGACAUCACCUGGUAGAUGCUAUGCUGCAGAUCUUAUAGUUCUGGUUGUGAGAUGUUCAGAUUAUGUUCCAUUCUUACAGAAAUUCGGUAAAGAGACUUUCGAAAUUGCGUUAAAGGAGGAGCAUAACCCGUCGUCGAGACUGUUUGAAAUUAUUCCUUGGCUAAAGCCCAUCAAAAUUCCAUCAUUGUUUGUGUAUGAUGACAUCACUGCUCUCAGUGAAAUUGUUAAACAAAAUAUUGAUAGUGUAACAAUGUUGCCAGGAGAACUGAUAACAGCCUUGAGAAUACUAAAAUUCCUGGGGAUACCUCCAAGGGAGAAAGAUAUGUCCUCUAUGUGUGGAGCUGUUGACUGCGAAGACUACGUCGAACUGAAAUAUAAAUAUGUCAUUCUUCAGCUCUUUUCCCUUGACGGUGUCUCCAAUAUGGUAACUAUUUUGCAAAAAUUGUGCGAGUUCUACGAGCAACCUUCUUUACAUGCAAUAAAUUUUAUUGGCCAGCAAGGUGUUACCUUGGUCUCAUUAGUACUGCCAACUGUCCAGUUACUGCGACGAAUGCUUACGUACGUCAUCCAUUGUCGAAAUACUGACUUCAAGGAUCUGACAGCGGUGUCGGUGCUGCUGCAGACAUAUGCUUUGAUGCAUGCUUAUCCAGCAUCUGCUCUUGGUUUCACGGAUUCACAGCGUGUUUGCAGAGAAAUAAUUGAAACAUUACUGGCUUACACACAGCCUGUUUCUUCAGACCCACACUCAGAAACUGAGGCUCUCAACAAAAGUCUUUGGACUAUGAUGCUAACUGAAGUUGUAAAGUAUGUGAUGACAAGUCCAUAUACGUUUAUUCCUGGUUUGCUGAUUCUGUCUGAAUUGCUCCCACUGCCUCUGCCAAUUCAAACGAGGUCACCCUUGUUAGAGGACGAGGUGAUAAGAGCGGUAAAUGGUCGAAAAUUGUGGAGUGCUCAUCUACAUCCUUUAGGCAGCAACCUACAUGAAUUGAUUGCAACUAUAAGUGGCAGCAGCUUUCAGCCUCUUCUCCAACUACUUAGAAGAGUGUGUGUACAGCUGGCGGAUUUGGCGGCUCCUUCAGCUCUUGUUGUAAGUCGUGCUAUUCUGGACACAGUGUUAGCAGAACUGCAGUCCACACAGCAGCUGCCGCCAUCGUCGGCUGUAACCACGUCCGCCACAGUGUCGGCCACUGCUACUGCUACCAUUGCCACCACUACAAUGACAACACCUGCUCCUGUGACAGCUACUACUACCACUACUGCUAAUACCAUUGUUUCAUCUGUUUCCUCUACUGCAGUUGUUCAAGGUGGAGCCGCUUCAGUGACCUCUGCAGUGACUUCAACGGAGCUACCAUGUUCUGGCCAUGCAGCAAGAUUGUUGAACUUCUUGGCAUGCCUCAUGACCCAUGCCUCAGUUAAGGCUGCCAUUCUACAUUUAAUGGUUUCUGGAGGGCGGUAUGCAGCACUUCUGCCGCAGCUCUGUGCAGUCUUAUGCUACCCGUCUGACUCAGCUACUCAUAUACAGGCACAGGAAUGUGUUGUCUCUGUACUGCAAUCUCUGUGUGAUACAGAGAUUGCACUAGCUCCAAUUCCAGGACAGGGGCAUUCCACGACUACUGUUACACAUGAAACAUAUCUUGCCAAUGUACUACCUCCCCGUGAGCUGCUGUCUGCUGUGUGUUUGGCAUUGUUAGAACAUGUGGCUAAUGUGGAACACAGUUUUGCUACAAUGCUUCCAGCUGUUCGGACCUUCCUCAUGCUCACAGAACACGACUAUGGUUUUGCUCUUCUAAAGAGCUGUAUGGAGAAAAAGACAGAUGUAUUGAGAAACCUGUUCCACAAAUUCUGUACUGGCUUCAGCAAAGAUAGCUCAGACUGUUUAUCAACUCUGUCUACUAGUUUGGAAUUUCUAAGAAUAUGUAUUUCUUUGGAUGAAGAAGAGCCAGGUCUUGGUUUGCCACCAAGAAGCUUUGUUAUGACAGUACCAGAACUGGCAAGAGUUCUAGGGUGGAAAAAGAUAGAUAAAGAUGAAGCAGAGAAGCAAUGUGCUUCUGACAACCUUGAGAAGAGUGCGGGUGCUGAAUUGCCAGUAGAUGCUACAGAGAAAGUGCUGAACACUUCGGACACAAAAAAGCAUCCUCUAUAUUGCCUUGAGAAACUACUUCGGGACUGCAGCACAGAAGAGGAUGCACUUGAAAGCCUACAUGAAAAUGUUUCUAGCCUCAUCCAUUUAUUAGAAGAUGAAGGAAGUAAACCAGUUGAAAACAAAGAUUUUACAGAACCACUCAUUCCAGCUCCAGAAUCAUUGCUGUCUCAGUUUGCUGUUCGAUCCGUUUAUGUUGUUGGGGAAGUAGAUGAUGAAAGGCUGAAUUCCACUUACUGGCUUGCACCACCACCUGUGGAUGAUGCUGAUCAAGACAUGGAACAGGUUACCUGUGAUCUUAUGGAAAUUACAAGGCAGUAUCUACCAGACUUUCAUUUGCCUAUGGAGACAGAGCGUUUGUAUCGCAUAAAAGAUCUGGCCGCAGAUGAUGAAGCUGAACAAAUGAAGAAGAGAGGUGAAGAGAUGAACAAAUAUUUGUCACCAGAAAACAAAAACAAACGACCAUUCAUUGCACCCAUGCGUGGUCGUGGGUUUGGGAGGUCUGUAGCCCCACAAAGAGGUGACUUGUUUCGUUCAAGACCUCCAAAUACUUCCAGGCCACCUUCCCUUCAUGUUGACGAUUUUGUAGCCCUUGAAAUCUCAGGGCAGCAGCCCACUGGUCCUACAGGCUAUAAUAAAAUAUCUAUGCGUACAAAGGACAUGAUUUCAACAAGACCAAGGGGCCGGGGAAGAGCAUUCGCUUCAGACAGAGGACGCUUUUUUGGCUCAGCUGCUCAAUAUAAUCGUAGGGAAAAUGGACGUGGUGCAUCAAGGAAUGUUAAUCAAAUGCCACCAAGACUUGGGAACAAUCGAGAUGCUGUUUCACCUGUUUGGCCACAACUUGGAAAUGAGGUGACAAAUGCAAGCAAUCAACAAGUCCAGACAACUAGAACGUUUCGUAGUCCUGAGCUACGAGAUGUGCGCAUGUUACCUCGUUCUGAAGAGAAGUUCUCUGGUGUGACGGGUGUUGGUGGGAACAGAUUUGGCGGUGGUAGUGGCAGUGGUAGAGGAGGUGGAGGGGGAGGUCGAGGUGGUCGUUCUGGGAACUGGACCGUCAAAGACAAUAGUAGAGAACGGUUUGGAGGUCAGACUGUUAGAGGAGGCGGCCGUAGAGAUCUUGGGAGACAUGCACGAUCGUUUACGAGGUGAAGUACUGGUUGUAUGUUUUGUAUGUAUAUUAGUAUUAUUCAAGAAGUAUCGUGAAUUUAUCAGGUGUGAUGCUGAUGUGAGAGGCCACAUAUACAUUUUCCAACAGUAAGGGAGGAUUAUUUUAGUGAGAAUUAAUCUGGCUUUGUGUGUAAGUGCUUGGAGGGUUUUAUAUUGAUAAAGUUCGACUUGCACCAAACUGUGUGAAGCAGGACUGUCUGCCAUAUAUAUGUGUAUAAAUAGUCAGUGUGUUUUUGAUGCAUGAAAGAUUUUGAGAUUUGUCAUGAAUGAUCUACUGUGAAUAGAAAUGUUAAUUUAUUCAAUGAUUGCAUAAAUAUCCAUAAAUAAGAGUGUAAGUAAUUUUUCAUUCAUUCCAUGUUAAUGUCAAUUUACAAAUACUGUGGUGUUUAGAAAUAAAUGAUAAUGCAUCUGUGUAUAAUUAAUGUAAUAUGUUGUGCUUUCCUAAAAAUAUUGAAGGCUUUUGUUGUUUCAAUGUGAUUGAAAACAGUAUAUUCAAUAUACAAGAUAGCCUCAUUUUUUUUAAUACAAAAAGUUAUUUUUGUUGAACUUUUUAAGUAAAAUAUUUUCUUACUAGUCUCACAGCAUAUAUGCAAAGUAUAUCUUUUCUUCUACUUUCUAUAGAUGAUCUGCAUUGAUCCUUUGUGAUUUUUGUUCUGUUGACCAAAUUUUGUACCAGUGAUUUAAAUCUUAACUACAUUGUACAACAUUCAGUCCAGAGAAAGACGAUGCAUAAUUUCUGCAUUUCAGUGUUUUCAAUCAAUAAGUGUCAUUUUGUAAUGAAAGUAGUUAUAAUUAAAUGUGCAAUCUUAACUGCAGAUAACAGCUGUUAUGAAUAUUAAUGUUAAAACCAGUAUGAAAUGAAAUAAUCACUGAGUUUAUGACACAGCUAUUUUUUAAAAUUGUUGAGUUCAUAAGGAAGAGAGUAUUGUACUUUGUGAAAUACUUGUCGGACCAGAUGCAUCGUGUUGCACCAGUUGAAUUACAGAUGAAAUAAAGCUGUAUUUUCAAACAGUGUUGUGUUAAAGAAUUUUGUUAUUAAAAAUACUAUAUUGAAAA